AUGGCCCGAGGACUUGCUGUGGACACAAGGGGUGAUAGUAGCAUCCAGUGGGUGUCAGGCCCUCUGGUCAGUCUCGAGCUAUAUGGAAUUGCCGAAGAAGAAAUGACACUGCCAUCGAAGUCGAGUCGAAUUGACCUUACGGCCUCUACAGGAGCUGAAUGUACGAGCGAUCUUCCCAUACCUGAACUCGAAGUUUGUGAUAUUGAGCAGCCAGAACGGUGUCCGCUACGUGUUCGGGUCGCUCUCGAUCGCGGGGUUAGCGCUCUCCAGGAGCUAGUAGACUCGAUCCCGUCGGUGUUGCACCAAUUCUGCGUGGUCGUAAAGCUGUACCUCUACGCGAAAACAGAGUUUCACUCAGCGAGAGCAAAUCUUACGUGCUUCCUCCGAGCUAUGGAAUCCCGGUCUACCAGGCCACCGAUAGGCCAUCCCGUCACAGCACCAUCCUCUACGCAAACAUCGAACCUCUUCAAGCCAGCGAAUUUCUGCUUGUCGAAUCGAUAA